CCUUUUCCCUGUAAAAGGACCGAUCUGUCUAAGGCUAGAAUUUGAGAGACAGCAACGAGAGGAGCUUGAAAAAUUAGAAAGUAAAAGGAAACAAAUAGAAGAGAUGGAAGAAAAACAGAGAUCUGACAAAGCAGAACUUGUGAGAAUGCAGCAAGAAGUAGAGUCCCAGCGCAAAGAGACGGAAAUAGUACAGCUGCAAAUUCGAAAACAGGAAGAGAGUCUGAAACGGAGAAGUGUUCACAUUGAGAGCAGGUUAAAGGAUUUGCUGGCUGAAAAGGAAAAAUUUGAAGAAGAGAGAUUACGGGAACAACAGGAGAUAGAGCUUCAAAAGAAAAAGCAGCAGGAAGAAAUUUUUGCCCGGGUCAAAGAGGAGUUGCAGCGACUACAAGAACUUAAUCAUAAUGAAAAAGCAGAGAAAAUGCAGAUUUUCCGUGAACUAGAAAAACUUAAAAAGGAAAAAGAUGAACAGUAUAUUAAGCUGGAAUCAGAAAAAAAGAGACUUGAAGAACAGGAAAGGGAGCAGGUGAUGCUGGUGGCUCAUCUAGAAGAACAGCUUCGAGAGAAGCAGGUCAUGAUAGAGCUCCUGAAGAGAGGGGAUGUACAAAGAGUUGAAGAAGAGAAAAGAGAUCUUGAAGAUAUUAGAGAAUCUCUUUUGAAAGUCAAGGAAGCCCGAUCUGAAGGUGAUGAAAAACGUGAAGAAUUAGAAAAAGCGCAACAUGAUUUCAUAGAGUUUAAAAGGAAACAACUGGAACAGUUGACUAUUUUGGAAAAAGAUUUAGUUCAACAAAUGGAUCACCUAGAAAAGGAAAUAGCAGAUGAAAAAAGAGCUCUGGAACAUUUAAAAUUUGCACACGAAGAACAUUUAAAUCUCAAGAGAGAUGAUGAAAACUUUGUGGAUGCCGUACUCAAGGCUGAAGAAGUUGACAAGAUAAAGCCAGUGGAGUGCAGGCUCCAAUCUAAACUACGCCAGCUUGAGUACCUGAAGAGUAAUCAUUUGCCAGCUCUUCUGGAAGAAAAACAAAGAGCUUCUGAAGUCCUUGAUAGAGGCUUGUUAGGAUUAGAUAAUACUCUCUAUCAAAUAGAGAAAGAAAUAGAAGAAAAAGAAGAGCAGCUUGCCCAGUAUAGAGCUAGCACAAAUCAGCUACAGCAGCUUCAAGAAACCUUUGAAUUCACAGCCAAUGUAGCUCGCCAGGAAGAAAAGGUUCGGAAAAAGGAAAAAGAAAUCCUUGAAUCAAGGGAAAAACAGCAGAGAGAGGCGCUGGAGCAAGCUGUUGCUAAGUUAGAAAGGAGGCACUCUGCUUUGCAACGUCGUUCGACGAUAGACUUUGAAAUUGAAGAGCAGAAACAGAAGCUUGCCACCUUGAACAACAGCUGCAGCGAACAGGCAGGUCUGCAGGCUAGUCUAGAAGCUGAGCAGAAAGCCCUCGAACAAGACCGAGAGCGCCUGGACCAGGAAAUUCAGCAGCUGAAGCAAAAAAUAUACGAGAGUGAUGGUGGUCAGAAAGGAAAUCAUGGAACAUCAGAAGAGAGACUCUCCCAUACCACUUCCCCUACCAGCCCAACAAAGGCACAGCCACCCACUGCUCCACUAGUUGAUGACAGGAUAAAUGCCUUUAUUGAACAAGAAGUGCAGAGAAGGCUCCAGAAUAUUCAUCACAAAGCUGAGGAUAACAAUGUUAGCCUAUCCUGGUCUACAGAAAGUUUAAAGGAUAAUGAGAGGCUUAAUAACGGCACUGUUCAACGCAAACUGAAGUAUGAGCGGAUGGUCUGUCGUUCACUGGGAGCAAAUCCAGAUGACCUAAAGGACCCAAUUAAAAUUAGUAUUCCACGCUAUGUCCUGUGUGGGCAGGGAAAGGAUGAACAUUAUGAGUUUGAAAUAAAG